AAAAUAAUGGAGAAGCAACACAUGAAAUACAUGUUCCUCACAAAAUUGAACUUCUUUUUUCUUGUAACAUUAAUUUUUCAUGGUCUAACAGUCCAUGGCUUCCAAAUUGAUAAUCAGGCACGUACAUUAAUGUUGUGGCGUCGUUCGAAAAUACGUUCUCGGAUGAUUAAUUCUUAUCAGGAUGAAACAUGGUCGACUGAAAAAUUGGUAUUUGAUUCUGAUGAAGAAGAACAAUUACAUGUUGGAAAUAUGGAGGAUGAUUUGAUAAAAGAUGGUCUUCCUGGACAGCCAAAAUUAAAUGUGAAGUUUAAUCAGUAUGCAGGUUAUGUUAAUGUUGAUGAAAAAAAUGGAAGAAGACUUUUUUAUUACUUUGCUGAAUCUGCUUCUGGAAAUGCUUCUUCUAAACCACUUGUUCUUUGGCUAAAUGGAGGUCCAGGAUGUUCAUCAUUAGGAUUUGGGGCCAUGCAAGAGCUUGGGCCUUUUGGUGUAAAACCUGAUGGUAAAACCCUUUAUUCCAGAACAUUUUCUUGGAACAAAGUUGCAAAUGUAAUGUUCCUGGAGUCACCAGCAGGGGUUGGCUUCUCCUAUUCCAAUACUAGCUCAGAUUAUGCACAAUCAGGCGACAAGAGGACUGCUCAAGAUGCAUAUAGGUUUCUAGUGAAUUGGUUCAAGAGGUUUCCACAUUACAAAAGCAGGGAUUUCUACAUCAUGGGAGAAAGUUAUGCAGGAUUCUACGUGCCAGAGCUAGCAGACAUCAUUGUCAAGAGCAACAUGCUAACCAACACAAACUUCAACAUCCAACUCAAAGGAAUAAUGAUAGGAAAUGGUAUAAUGAACGAUGUAACAGACGAGAAAGGGCAAUUUGAUUAUUUAUGGAGUCAUGCACUAAUAUCAGACGAGACUCAUUUAGGCAUCCAACAACAUUGCAAAACCCAAACUGAGACAAAAACAUGUGAACAAUUUCAAAGCACAGCUCAAACUGAGUUUGGAAACAUAGAUCCUUACAACAUCUAUGGUCCCAUUUGUCCCCUUGAUUACGAUGAUUCAUCAUCAUCAUCAACAAGAAGAGUAUUCAAGAAAAAUGGAUAUGACCCUUGUGAACAACAUUAUGUUAGCGAUUAUCUCAAUCUUCCUCAAGUUCAAAAGGCCUUGCAUGCCAGCCUCAACAACCUUCCUAACCCUUGGCAACCUUGCAGUGCUCUGAAUUGGAAGGAUAGUCCAUCAAGUAUGUUUCCAAUAUACAAUAGACUAAUUGCAUCUGGUCUCAGGAUACUUCUUUUCAGUGGAGAUGUAGAUGCAGUAGUUUCAGUAACUUCAACUCGUUAUGGCAUUAGUGCUAUGAACCUUACAGUCAUCAAGCCUUGGCAUGUUUGGCAUGAUGAUACAAAAGAAGUAGCUGGAUAUAUGGUGGUGUAUGAUGGAUUAGCUUUUGCAACAGUUAGGGGAGCAGGGCAUCAAGUUCCACAAUUUCAACCACGUAGAGCUUUUGCUUUGUUGAAUAUGUUCUUUGCCAAUCAUUUUUAUGGCUUUAGUAAGAUUUACAGGUUGAGUGAAUACUCAACCUUUCUUAUUUCUUGCAUGGAAAGAAAGAAAAUGAAAGUUACCUCUGUUUUACAGUUAAGUCUUUCUCUAAUUUUGUGCUACCUUAGCACCCAAAAAUGUUAUGCAGGAGAAGCAGAUGUUGUAAGGGAAUUUCUCAAGGCUCGACGUGCAAAUCACUUGCAAAGUACACCAAGUAUUAACAGUGGCCUAGAGGCUGCUGAGAAACGGAGAUCAGCAUUUGUGUCACAGGUAGGAUCAAAGGAAGAUGACAAGAUCUCAGCUUUGCCAGGGCAACCUAGUGGUGUGAGUUUUGAUCAAUAUUCAGGAUAUGUUACUGUUGAUGCUGAUGCUGGUAGAGCAUUGUUCUAUUACUUCACUGAAUCAACUCAAGAUCCUUCUACCAAGCCUCUUGUAUUGUGGCUAAAUGGAGGACCUGGUUGCUCUUCAUUUGGGGCUGGAGCGAUGAUGGAACUUGGACCAUUCCGCGUAAAUAAAGAUGGAAAAACCUUGUGGCUCAACCCUUUUGCCUGGAACAAUGUGGCAAACAUCCUCUUUUUAGAAUCACCUGCUGGAGUUGGAUUCUCUUAUUCUAAUACAUCAUCAGAUUAUACUACUGGAGACGAAAAGACCAGACAAGACAGUUUCACCUUUCUCGUCAAUUGGAUGGAAAGAUUCCCAGAAUAUAAACACCGAGAUUUCUAUAUUACUGGAGAGAGUUAUGCUGGCCACUAUGUGCCUCAACUUGCUCAGCUGAUCUUAUCCUACAAGGAAACAGAACCAAACCUUGUCAUUAACUUGCAAGGAAUAGCAACUGGAAAUGGCAUCAUCGAUGAUGAAACAAUGAACAGUGGUACAUACGACUUUUAUUGGACCCAUGCUCUAAUAUCAGAUGAAGUCCAUGAUGGAAUUGUCUUGAAUUGCAACUUCUUGGCAGAGACAACCUCAAAAGCAUGUAAUGAGUACAUUAAGCAAGCAGAUUCAUCUCAAAGCAAUAUAUAUGCUUACAACACAUAUUCCCAACUGUGCAACUCCUCUGUCUAUACUUCCCUUCCUAUAGAUGGAUUUGAUCCAUGCUCAGCUGAUUACGUUGACAAUUACCUAAAUAGUGCUGAAGUACAAAAGGCCCUUAAUGUCAAAGAUACACCCUAUUCCUGGGAUUCCUGCAAUGGUUUCAUAUUCGGCUCUUGGCAGGACUCCCCGCAUUCUGUUCUAACAGUCUUUCAAGAGCUCAUGCAAAGUGGCAUUAGGGUUUGGAUUUAUAGUGGAGACAUAGAUCAUGUGUUAUCUGUGACGACAAGUACAUAUGCCAUAGACAAAAUAAAAACACCAGUCAAAACACCAUGGUACCCUUGGUUCUUCCAAGGCGAGGUUGGUGGUUAUGCAGUAGAAUACCAGAACUUGACAUUUGUGACGGUAAGAGGAGCAGGACAUUUCGUUCCAAGCUAUCAACCAGGCCGCGCAUUGACCAUGUUCUCAUCUUUCAUCAAUGGCACGCUCCCUCCUCAUCUACACUAA